CUGGCAACAUUGCAAACAGCUGUCAACGUGCCGUCGAUCUGUCAAUGGGGAUACCUUUCAUUUUUUAGUACUCGUAAGAGGUAGGUUUUUAAAUAAAAAUCCUUAUUUAUCUUCAUAAAUAACAUCCAUCCGUCUUCAUAAGAUAUUUAAAUAAGAAGCGUACAUUCCAAAUACAUCCUGCCAAGUGAUAUUCAUGCUUCACACGAAAUAUUUUCUGGAAAAAUUGAUUGUAAACUGUGAGCUUUCUAGGUUAAGUCUAAUGCCAGUGUAUUUAUUUUAGAAAAUAAUCCAAGAUGGGUCGUGUAAUUCGAGCCCAGCGUAAAGGUGCUGGGUCUGUGUUCAAGUCCCACACGAAGAAGAGGAAGGGAGCCCCUAAACUCAGAUAUUUAGAUUUCUCAGAACGACAUGGUUAUAUCAAGGGGGUCGUAAAGGAGAUCAUGCACGAUCCAGGUCGCGGUGCCCCCUUGGCCAUGGUACACUUUAGGGACCCGUACAAGUUCCAAACUAGGAAAGAAUUAUUUAUUGCCCCUGAAGGAAUGUACACGGGGCAGUUCGUGUACUGUGGAAAGAAAGCCAGCCUUCAAAUAGGAAAUGUGUUGCCUGUGGGAACCAUGCCUGAAGGCACCAUUGUAUGUAAUUUGGAAGAGAAGACUGGAGACCGUGGCCGAUUGGCGCGUGCCUCUGGAAACUAUGCCACAGUUAUCGCUCACAAUCAUGACACGAAAAAGACCAGGGUCAAGUUGCCUUCUGGUGCCAAGAAGGUCAUUCCCUCAAACAACAGGGCAAUGGUCGGUAUUGUCGCCGGUGGUGGUCGUAUCGACAAGCCGAUCCUGAAGGCGGGUCGUGCCUACCACAAGUACAAGGUCAAGCGUAACUGCUGGCCUAAGGUGCGUGGUGUGGCGAUGAACCCCGUGGAGCAUCCUCACGGAGGUGGUAACCAUCAACAUAUCGGUAAGGCGUCCACGGUCAAGAGAGGCACCUCUGCUGGUAGGAAGGUUGGUCUGAUCGCUGCCAGGAGGACCGGUAGGAUUCGUGGUGGAAAGGUCGACGCUAAGAAGGACGAUUAAGCUUAUAGGUUAUGUCGAGGUGUCAAUGUAUUUUCGAUCGGAUGUUGUGUUGUUCUUUGGGAAAUAUAUUGCUAUCUGACCAAAUGGUGUUUUAUUUGAUCUGGUGAAGUAA